GAUCUUUGUUACGCGUUCUGAAGAACAGAUAACGUUGUCACAAGUACAUAAUUGUGUCACCUAAACUUUUGAUACCGGCUAUAGAGUAGAUGGCUCACCUUCCCCCUGGGAUUCGCUUCAUCACUUCAUUUUCACGAGAUCAGUGGUAUAGAGCCUUCAUUUUCUCUCUCACUUUCUUGUUGUAUGCCAGCUUCCAUUUAUCAAGGAAACCUAUUAGUAUAGUUAAGGGAGAGCUGCAUAAGCACUGCGCUGCUUCACAUGAAGUUGAAAUUAACUCCUACAAAGAAUAUGCUCCCCAGAUUCAACCUGUCAAAAAGCCAUCUAAUGUAUCUCAGUGCGGUUGGGAGCCAUUUGAUAAGAACAACUACAAACAGUUACUGGGAGCACUGGAUUACUCAUUUCUGUGUGCGUACGCAAUUGGAAUGUAUUUAAGUGGAAUAAUAGGAGAACGGCUACCUAUCCGGUACUAUCUGACGGUCGGGAUGCUUGCUAGUGGACUCUUCACUGCAAUGUUUGGAUUGGGUUAUUUCUAUAAUAUACAUAAUCUGUGGUUUUACAUAAUAGCCCAGAUAGCUAAUGGGUUGGUGCAAACUACUGGCUGGCCGAGUGUUGUUACAUGUAUUGGCAACUGGUUUGGAAAAGGAAGGAGAGGUUUGAUAAUGGGAAUCUGGAAUUCACACACUUCAGUGGGAAAUAUCUUGGGAUCCUUAAUUGCAGCUUAUUGGGUGUCUACGUGCUGGGGUCUCUCCUUUGUGAUGCCUGGUGUUACCAUUGCUGUGAUGGGGAUUGUUUGUUUCCUGUUUCUUAUUGAACAUCCUAAAGAUGUAAGUUGCUCCUGCACACCAUCCAGUAGUUCCAAAACCUUCCUGAAUGGUGCAUCUCGAUUCAGAGUCCAGUUGCCAACCUUAAAUGCUAAGGAAACCAGCAAACCUCAGGAUCCAGAGAUGCAGCGUUUGCUUAUUGACAGUGAAAACUGCAGUGUGUCACUGAACUCCAGCACUGUGGUCACUGGGGAAGGUAGUCAUAGGACAUCAGCUAUCAGCUUCCUUGGGGCUUUGCGAAUACCUGGAGUCAUAGAGUUCUCCCUUUGUCUUCUGUUUGCAAAGCUGGUGAGCUAUACUUUCCUCUUCUGGCUUCCCCUCUAUAUUACAAAUGUAGAGCAUCUUGAUGCCAAAAGAGCUGGGGACCUUUCUACACUGUUUGAUGUGGGUGGAAUCUUUGGUGGAAUUUUGGCAGGCCUGAUUUCAGACAGACUGGAGAAGAGGGCAUCAACCUGCGGAAUGAUGUUACUGCUUGCAGCACCCACUUUGUACAUGUUCUCUGCAGUCAGUAAAAUGGGCCUUGAGGCUACUGUAGUGAUGCUGCUUAUCAGCGGUGCCCUGGUGAAUGGCCCUUAUGCACUGAUCACCACUGCUGUCUCUGCUGACUUGGGUACCCAUAAAAGCCUGAAAGGGAAUGCAAGAGCCUUGUCCACAGUGACAGCAAUCAUUGACGGAACGGGAUCUGUAGGUGCAGCUUUGGGGCCUCUCUUAGCUGGUCUUAUUUCCCCAUCUGGUUGGAACAACGUGUUUUACAUGCUCAUGGUGGCAGAUGCAUGUGCCUUGCUAUUCUUACUCCGUCUUAUUCAGAAGGAACUUCGGUGUAACGCAGAUCAUACCCUGUUUAAAGAACACUGAGCUAAGACCAGAGUUGGAAUAAGGACUGUGUAACUGAUCAGAGCUCUUCCCUGAAAAAAACUUCAUGGAAUGCAUCAUUCUAUAUUUAAGAGGUUCUGUUUGGUGAAGAACUUUGCACGUUUACUGGAAGCAAUGUGAGAAAUGCAACUGGUAAAUCCCUGAAGCUCUUAUUUUUGCACAUGAAUAAGUACCUCAGGAUGGCAACUAUUCAUCAGAUGAAGAGACAGGAACUGUGGGAAGGUUUUAGCAGCGCACCUCAACUGAGCCAAAGAGAAAUACCAAGUGCCUUUUUAUUUCUUUUGAUAGGAUGUUUUUAAUUAAAAUGUUGCACUGUGUAUUUUCCAAAACUAAGUCAAAACUAGAGCAGAAGGAAGUUGAAAUAAUAAGACAGUCUAGCAGUGAAACAUCGCAACGUCAGUGAGCAAAGUAUCUAUCCCUUAUGUCAUCUUGCGCACUUUGAGAGUAUCGCUUUAUAGAGGACAAUACCAGCUGGUUAUUAAGAUGCACUGCUACUAGUAUUUUGAAGCUGCUCAGACAAUAACAACCUCACUGUAUUAUUAGUUUUUAACUACAGCACUAGUUAUAAUCCCAAGGACAACAUCCAGCCUUUUGGUAGGUAAUGAAAUGGAAUUUACUGUUGCGGUGUAUCACAGUUAGCAGUUUUCAGACUCUCUGGAUGGAUGUUAGUCCUUAAUUAGGAUUGUGCAAAAAGGAGUCCUAAGCAACAAAAAGUAGAUUAUGAGUCAGAAUUUCCAGUGGGGAGCUCUAAUGAUUUUCAGGGCAUUAUAAACUGGUUGUGCGAAUGUCAUGUAAUUGUUGUGCUGCUCCUCUAGGCUGGGUUGAAAUGAGAGGUUGUUCCUUUGAGGUGGUAGAGAACUGUGAGCUGUCAUACUUUAGCACCACAGGAUUGAACAGAUGAGCUGGUUCAGUGCCUGCUGCCACAGUGAUCUCUGUUGGGAACAGCACUGGUGUGUGCACAUGGACUUCAUCGUCAGAUCAGGGCCUUAAUAACCAGAAAUCUUUCAAGUGGCUAGUUUCAAGUGGCUCUGAAUCUCAGAUUGAGAGCCAAAAUAUGUUUAUAUCAGAAAAGAAAAAUUACCUAGGUGGUAGGCUGUAAGAGAACAUUUCAGUAACUAGUGUUACCCAGCAAAUAGAUGGUUUAAUGUCUUCGAAACAUAUCAUUUCUUUGUAUAGCUGUCUCCUUUGUAGAACAGAUGUUUCUGUGAUUUUUUUUUAAGAUGUACACAGUAAAAAGGAAAUUUUUUUGUAUGAGGUGUUUAUACUUAGAUCAUGAAGGCUAGAUAAUUUAAACUGUAUUAUUCUUAACUGUAUUUAUUAAAGCUCUAGGCAUAUGUCUUGUUCUGAACUAUGCUCUAAGUUUUAUGAAAUAAUGCAGUAGUCUUUACACUUGAUUAACAAAACAGCACUCUUUAAAAUAGCCCUGCAAAACAUGGAGAAAUGUUCUCAUCGGCUGCUGGUGUUGUUCCAUGUGCUGGCACAACACUUAAUUUCCAGGGCUGUUUUGUAAUUCUUCAGUCUUUGAUCAGUUAUUUUACUGGUUUGAUUCAGCAUGUGCUUUAUGCUUGACUUGAACAGUGUAAGUGUUCAUUUUUAACUGUUUUGCUGAACAGAGAUACAGGGAAGACCUGAGUCCCACAAAGACAUAAGGAGGGCACCAAAGUCCUUUCAAGUGAAAGCUCUACAUAGGCCCAGACCCUGCAGUUAACCUAGAUGAAUGGUUAACUUCACACAUUUUGAGUAAAGCUGCUGAGACCAGUGGGGAUACUCAAUAUGUGCAUUUGCAAAUCUGUGCUGUGUUUGGACUUUAGGCUGUAGUUAAAUGCGACAGAAUUCUGCAGCAAUGUUACUUGAAAGGACUCCCAUCCCAGUGGUGUGGCACACUGCCCCUCG